AUGCUUCGACAGUCAAAGCCUUGCUCCUGUCCUGCCAUGGAUAUUCGGAACUGCUUCAGCUUGUGCAGCAGGACUAUUCAAUUGGGGCGGAGCCUGGAUGAUAUGGGAUCCACCAAAUUAGCUUCCUCAGCCACUGAAUCCUGCAAGCUAAGGUGGAAAGUGUUAUGGAGAAAGUUUAAGAAAGAAAAGGAGAAGAUGUUUCAGCCUUGGGGCUCUGUGAAGGUUACCUACGAUUCGUACUCUUAUUCUCAGAAUUUUGAUCAAGGGUCACUCUGGGAUGAACCUGAUUACCACUCUCGAUCAUUCUCUGCUCGGUAUGCUGUUCCUUCCAGGAUCUUUCUAAAGGAAGGGACGAUGUAA